ACCCACGGGUUUCCCUCUUGCUUCCAAAUCCGUGGCUCCAUUCUAUAAUCUUUGUCUAAUAAGAUAUACCGGCUCAUCACCAUGCAUCUCCCAGCUUUGACCUCCUUGUUACUGGGUGGCAGUACGACUGCUGGCCCCAAUCUGAGCAAGCCAUGGUCUACAUGGAUGGCUUCGUCUUUCUUGUCGAAGAGCCAAAACAUUGACAACCACUACGUCGCUGCAGUCAUUCACGAAGGCAUUCAAAAGGCCGCCACCACACAAAACGACCGCGCCCUCCUUAAAUAUGCCUCUGACGCCGUGUCUUCCAUCGUCUCGGCUGAUGGUACUCUCAAGGGCUGGAACUCAACAUUCUACACUCUGGACGACAUCCGUAUUGGAAACAACAUGCUCUACUUUUGGAACUCGGAAGGCCGCAAAGACAACAAAUACGUCAUCGCAGCCAAGGGUCUUCGUGAGCAGCUCAACCGAUGGCCUCGUACUCCCGAAGGAGGAUUCUGGCACCGUGCUCCUGUCUACGCAAACCAGAUGUGGCUAGACGGCAUCUACAUGGCUGACACUUUUUACGCAACCUACACAUCUUACUUUGAACCUCAAAACAUAACCGCGUGGAACGAUAUUGAGCUGCAAUUCGAUCUCAUCGAGGAGCACUGCCGCAACUCAACCACGAACCUUCUCUACCAUGGCUACAGCGAAGAUAAGUCAACUGUCUGGGCAAACCCCGAGACAGGUGCUUCCCCUUACGUAUGGGACCGUGCUCUGGGAUGGUACUUUGUCGCGCUUGUCGAAGUCCUAGAGGUCUGGCCCAAGACCCACGCCGGCUACGCCAAGCUCCUCAACUACUACAAGACGCUCGCCUCUGGCAUCAAGAAUGUCCAGGACGCCAAGGGUGGAUGGUACCUCCUUAUGGACCCUGAGCUUGCUGGAAGGGAGGGCAACUACAUUGAGUCGAGUGCAACUGCCAUGUUCACUUACUCAUACUUGAAGGGAAUGAGGCUGGGACUCUUGGGCAACGAGUACAAGCAGCCGGCUACCAAGGCCUGGAAACUCUUGCUUAGUGAUUUCAUCCAGUUCGAGAAGAACGGCACACUGAGCUUCACGGGUACCGUGACAGUUGGAAGCUUGAAGGGCGAUGCCUCGUACGAAUACUACACUGGCGUCGAGACGCUGAUCAAUGAUGGCAAGGGUGCUGGUGCUUUCAUAAAUCCUAGCUGCAAAAAAAAAAUGUCCGUUACACCCUCCGCCACAUCCAGCGCCCCGAGCGCCAGCACCAGCGCAGUCUGCAGGCAAGCAGACUUUACCCAGUUCCCGACUGAGGAUGCCGCCUGCGCCGUCGGCAGCAUCAGCGGCGUGCCCUCCAACACCACCGACAUCCUCUCCAAAUGCUGCAAAUCCGCGCCUGUCGAGGAAUUCAACGGCGCCUGCGGAUACUACUGUCUGAGCGUCCAGCAGACGAUUCGCGAGCUGCAAACGUGCUUCAUGGAGAAUGGGGCGCACCCAGGCGAUAUCAUGUGCAAUUCGAAUAAUAGUGCCACGGCGACGGGGACCCCGAGUAAGACUGCUGGUGCGAGUCGCACGUCGGGGAGUGGGGCGAGUGCGACGGGGGAUUCCAAAGGGGCGGCCCCGGCGGUUGGCGUUAGUAAGGUUGGGUUGGGGAUGCUGGGGAUGGUGAUUGUUUCGGCGCUGAGUAGUGCGCUUUUGUGAGGGGUGAAGCUGGUGUUGUUGAAGAAGGCAUUUCAGGG